CAAUGAACUCCAUCCAACAAGAAAACUCAUAGAAGCAAAAACAGGAAACCGCAAACACAAACUAGAGUCAAACGACCGGAUUUCAGUGGACCAGCUCUCCAAGAUGGGAAUAGAAAUACAUCCGGUGAUCCGAAUGGUGUUCUACUUUGCCUGGUUCUUCCUCAUCUGUCUGGUUGCCAAUCUGCUAUUCAUCCUCACCUCGAUCCUCAUCAUGCCCUUCGACGAACUUCGGGCAUACAUCAUCAAUUCGCAUAUCGCCUUCUUCUUAUGGAAUCGAAUGCAAUACGUCUUCGAAUACCGUCAUGGGGCUUCCAUCACCUUCUCCGGUGACGUAAUCCCUGCAAAUGAGAACGCAAUCGUCGUUGCAAACCACUUAUCGUAUUCGGAUUUCUAUUUAAUUAACGGUCUUGCGGCUCGAAAACGAAUGUUACCAUACGGGCGAUGGUUUGUCAAGUCCUCUCUGAAGUGGCAACUGCCGAUCUUUGGCUGGAGUAUGUAUUUGAUAGGAAUGGUGAUGGUGACUAGGGAUUGGUUAAAGGAUUCUGAUUCAAUAAGUCAAGCUUUCAGAGGAUUAAAACAACCUCCUGGGAUUGGCAAAAAGGUCUGGUUAGUGAGCUUCCUCGAAGGCACCAGAAUGACACCCGAAAAACUAGAAAAGAGUCAAAAAUAUUGUCAAGAAGAUGGCAAGACAGUGUUAAGAAACGUGCUUGCAGCUCGCACUAAAGGUUUUAUAGCAGCCGUGAGAGAGUUACGUCGGAGCCAAGUAACUCAUGUCUAUGAUGUAACCUUGGCUUAUAACGGACCGAACGGAUUUGGAAAGGCACCAGACUUGGUGACGAUCAACAGCAUGAGUAGGUUGAGUCCGAAAUACAAGUUCCAUAUCCAUACCCGACGAUGGGCGAUAGCAGAACUCCCAGAGGAUGAAGCUGAAUUGAAAGCUUGGAUCGAGAAAGUAUGGAUAGAAAAAGAUGAAUUACUCGAAGGACUCAAGAACGAAUGGGUGAAUUGGAAAGGACUCAUCGGCUGGGGCGCUAAAGCCGCUGGGCAGUCUGGAGCUUGUGGGGUCUACCGCGAUUCGCUGUAUCCUCCCCCUCCGAUCAAACCUCCGACUAAACUCGAUUGAAGUCCUUGUCAGUUUCUGUGAUUUGGUUAUAUGUUUUUUUCAGAAAUUUUCCCCUCCCACACGAUUUGAUUCGUUCUAUUCAUCCGAUCCAUGCAUGUAUUAUGAACCUCAUGUAUUCAGCCACUUUGCACCAUUGUUGGGUUUUAUAAAUCAUCCCCCCCCCCAUAGAUCUUCCGUCAAGUCAGUCGCAAGCCAAUAUGUUUUUGUUUUGUAUUAAAUUCUAUUAUAGAAAUAUGUAGCACUAAGCUUUCGGUUGGCAGUAAAGAAUCCAUUUGGUUGUUAAAAAUUUUAAGAAGAUAAGUGAAUCAAUUUCGCUAGGUUGAGAAUUGUCCUCAGGAUCAGAU